AAAUAAUAAUUGAGAAAAAAUUUAAAUAAUUAAAAAAAAUAAAGAAAAGCAAAUAUCUAAAGUAAAUAAAGGAAUAAAGGAAUGAGUAAUAAUAACAAUUAUAAUUAUAAUUAAGGUAGGCAACCAAAUUUCUAAUAACUUCCAAAUGGUAUUUAGUAAAAUUAAUAUAACUUUAAUUAACCAAAUAAUUAAAUGUUCAAUCAACAUAACCAUUUCAACUUUAAUCAGAUUUAAUAGCAAUAAUAACAAUUUUAUAGAUAGGUUAACUAUCUGUAAGAAUCCUAAUAAAGUGAUAUUUAAUCCUAAAUUCUAUAAAAUAAUAACUAAAAUACCAAUUUCUAAACUCGCGAAAUUGUAAACACAAACAAUAUAAACGCUGAAUAACAAAUUAAUAAUCAAAAUCAAAUCUAUAGUUAAAAUCGUUUCAACUAUAACAACAGCAACAACAAUGAUAGUAAUAAUUAACGCAACAAUUAUAACUAUAAUGAUCACAGUAAUAACAAUAAUAAUUAUAGUAACAGAAAUAAUGAUGGUAAUAAUUAAUAACUGUAUCAUUAAUUUAGAAAUAUGAAUGAGUUUUAACAGAUAAAAGAACUUCCUGAUUGGAAGGAUGAAUACCAAAAUAUAUCUUAUAUCGAAGAUAUAUGCAUUUCUAUACCUACUUUUGUUGACUCUAAGAAAAUAUAAUAAUUAGAUUCAGUUUUAAGCGAAAUUAAUAAAGAAAUUUAGUAAUUUUUGGAAAAUAAAUAAGACAGAAAAUAAAUAAUUAGUUAGAUAAAAGAAAAGUUUAUAACAAGCAGUAAAAUUGAAUUUAAUUCUAGGAAUAACAUAUAAUCUAAUUAGAGUUUAUCAUUCAAUGAUGAAGAAACUGAUAUAAUGAGUACAGACUUUACAAAUUACGCUGAUUUUGAAAAUAAACAAGAAAGCAUUCUUCGCUCUUAUGUAACCUCUACAACAGAAUAAAUAUAAAAUGACGAUAAUUAGAAUUAUAAGAGCCAACUAAUUGAUUUUAUUGUAAAUAUGUUUGAGUAAAAUAAAUUCUAAAAGAGCUUUUUUUCAGAGGAAUUUAAAAAUGAAUUAAAUAAUAAUAUAUAAAAGUAAAAAAUUAACUAUUUGAUUGACGAUUCAGAUUUCGAGUAAUCAACGAUUGAUAAGAUAAAGUCAAUAAAGGAAAUCAAAUAGUUUGGAUACGACUUAUGCAACUAAGAAGAGAAUCAAAUAAUAUAUAAGGAAUAAAAUUUCAAAGCAGUCAGUUUUAAUUUCAGAAAGGAAAAACUAUUAAAAACCACUAUGUAUUGUAUAUUAAAAAAUUUUAUAUGCUCUGGAAGUCAAGCUAAAUCAAAAAAAUAUUUAAUUAAACAACUGAUGCACAUCGAUUCAAAAAAUAAGCAACUUGAAGUUGACUACAUCAUCUUAAGAUAAAUAUAUUUGAGAUUUUUUGACUUAGUUGUGAAUUACUUUGAUGAUAACAAUAAAAUGGCUAUAGAAUUUUUGGAUAAUCUUUUUAAAUAUGAAUUUAUAUCAUCUCUUCUUUUAGAUCAUUAUAAAAGAUUGAUUAGAUUUCUUAGUAAAAAAAAGCUAAAAGAAAAUCCUAAAGAAAUACUUGAUUAGUUUGUGGAAUCAUACUAUCUAGAUUUGUUUAUAAUAAACUCAGGUUCUUUAAAAUACCGCAAAAAAUAUUCAAAAAGUAAAAAACCUUAUUUCUUGUGCUUUUACACAUAAUCAAAUAUUUAAUAAAAUGAAUUAGAUUAAAUUUCUAUUGUUUAAGAUAUCAAAAAGUUUUAGAUUUAAUAAUGA